GGAUGCUCGCGGCCGGUUUCUGCCCGGUCCGGACGACUGCGCAACCCAGUACCCCAGGGCGCUGUAAAACCCCGUGCCAGCCCCCGGUCGCCAAGUCCUCGCCCCCGUGUGCGCGGCCCCCAGAGGCGGCCCCCCCCAGCCGGCCCAGCUGCCGGACGCGGAUCGGGCUGCUGUUCUCGGAGCCCCGGAGCCGGGGCGGAGCGGGGCGGCGGCUCCCACGAUCCCAAGGCCGUGCACCUGCCUCCUCCUCCUCCCCUGCCCCACCUGAGGGCUUGGGAACAAAGGCGCUUUGUACCGGCCGCAACCACCUCAUCUCUUGGACUUCGGGAAUGGGGCCGCGUGGGCCCCCAGCCCGGAGAGAAGCGAAGCGGGCCGGGACCGGCCGGACCAGACCAGAGCGGACCCCGGGGGCGAUGCGGCUGCUGCCCCUGCUGCGGACUGUCCUCUGGGCCGCGCUCCUCAGCUCCGCGCUGCGAGGGGGCUCCGGCCUCCGCCACGCCGUCUACUGGAACUCCAGUAACCCCAGGCUUCUUGGAGGAGACGCCGUGGUGGAGCUGGACCUCAACGAUUACCUAGACAUCUUCUGCCCGCACUACGAGGGGCCAGGGCCCCCUGACGGCCCCGAGACCUUUGCUUUAUACAUGGUGGACCGCCCAGGCUAUGAGGCCUGCCAGGCCCAGGGCCCUGGCGCCUUCAAGCGCUGGGAGUGCGCCCUCCCCUUUGCUCCCUUUGGCCCCGUUCGGUUCUCUGAGAAGAUUCAGCGCUUUACACCCUUCUCCCUUGGCUUCGAGUUCCUGCCCGGAGAAACCUACUAUUACAUCUCGGUUCCGGCUCCGGACAGUUCUGGCAAGUGCUUGAGGCUCCAGGUGUCCGUCUGCUGCAGGGAGAGCAAGUCGGAGUCCGCCCACCCUGUCGGAAGCCCUGGAGAGAGCGGCACCUCAGGGUGGCAAGGAGGAGGCGCUCUCAGCCCCCUCUGUCUCUUGCUGCUGUUGCUGCUUCCGAUUCUGCGUCUCCUUCGAGUUCUCUGAGCCAAGCAGACCCCUCCUGCUACACCCCUGCCGCUGGAGCAUCACACCAGCCAGACCAAUGGAAGAGUGAUAGGGAGGUCAGAGGGUCUGUGGUGUCCCUUCCAGGGGCUGGCCCCUUCCCACAGGCUGAGGAGUUGCCGCAGGGGUGCUGCACACGGCCCCAGGCGUCCUGGAGCCCAGGCAGGACAAACGCCGGGUCUCUGUCAGCUGCUUUGACGUUCUCAUCCUGUCCCCCCAGAAAGGCUGGGAUUUGGUGGGGCUGAAUCCUUGAGUCUUUUGGGGCCAAGACCAAAGACCUGGGGACAGGUGGAUUGCCAGACCAGGGCAAGGAGGAGGUCCUGGCCAGCCCACCUGCCGUCUGUGCCCAGCACCCUGGGGGCCUCUUCCCUGGGGCAGCGUUCUCCCCUCCCCAGGCGGUCACUCACUUGUCUUCUAUGAAGACGGACUUGCUAUGAGGUUGAAUAUCAUGCCAGUUUGUAUUUUUAUAAGUGUCUGGACCGAACCCUCAAUAAACCACCCGACUUUCCGUUGCUGUA